AUGGCGCCGGAUGCUGAAGACUACACAUUCUUGAGUCCUCCUAGCAAGGAGGAACAAGAGCAGGAAUCAGUUUACCGCACACCCUCUCAUUAUGAUCCUCGCCUGACAUUCCAUCUGCCGGCUGGCGCAGGUCGGCACUACCAGCAGCAAUAUGGCGACAUGUACUUUUUGCGACUCGCGAAAUUGAAGCCAGCCGUGGAACAAGUUGCCAUAGAUGCAUGGGAUGGACUCAUUAUUGCCGGAGAGAAAGUGCGACGUGUCGAUCGAGUCCUCGACGUCCGACAAGGCGAGCUGUGCUGGGUCGCCGGCACCGUGUACAUGGACUUGCCAAUGAAGCCCAAUAUUUUGGACGACCUUAGCAAAGAAAACUUUACUUCUGCGCCCCCUCCCCGCCGCACCUACACCGACCCGUCCGAUCCCUCUUCAACACAAAUCAUGAUGGAAGAUGAGUCCGGCCGCUUACGACUCACCGGAAACUACUUGCGAUCUACACAACUGGCGACGGGUGCCAUUGUCGCAGCUCUGGGAACUGAAAAUGCGGACGGAGAUUUUGAGGUUAUUGAUAUUAAACUACCGGAUUUAGCGCCACAACCUCAACGAUGGGAGGGCAAAGCUCCGGAAAACGGAGUAGAACUUGCCGGAAAGGAACACGGCAAGAUCGCCUUCGUCAGUGGUUUGGGAAUCACGGGAACUUCAAGCGACACGCUCACUUUGGAGCUAUUGACGGAUUAUCUUUUGGGGUACACAGGAUUCUCUGGCAACGACGAGAACAGCCCUUCGUCGAGCUCCUCCAAAAUCACCCGCUUGAUCAUCGCAGGUAACUCUCUUGGAGCCAGUGUAGUUGCCGAUGUGGCAUCAACAAACUCUGGCAACACUGCGGCAAAAGCCCAGCCGAAAAAGUAUGGCUAUGACGCCUCCGCAUACAACGCCUCACCUAUCACACAACUCGAUAACUUCCUAGCGGAGAUCUUGCCUAGCAUUCCGGUCACACUCAUGUCGGGCGAGAAAGAUCCAGCGAACUUCUCCCUCCCUCAGCAGGGCAUCCACCGUGCCAUGUUCCCCCAGGCAAGGGCAUAUUCCGCACCGCCUCCUAAAGGGGACGAGAAGCCCGAAGCGGGCUGGUUCGACAGUGUCACAAACCCGUGGGACGCGGACGUGGAGGGAUGGAGACUGUGGGGAUGCAGCGGCCAAAAUGUGGACGAUGUUCUCCGAUAUCUCCCCAUUGAAGGCGGCGAUAGUAGCCCAGACAGCGAGGUGGAUUCCGACGCCCGGAUCCGAAUCAUGGAAGCCAUGCUUCGCUGGCGCUGCGGCGUUCCCACCGCCCCGGAUACUAUUUGGUCGUAUCCAUUCCAAUCCGAAGAUCCAUUUAUCCUUGAGUCCUGUCCUCACAUCUUCUUCGCCGGCAAUCAACCACAAUUCAAAACUGCCACCAUCGAGGGCGACGUUCCUCUCCGCCUAGAUGGUGACACUGAAAUGAUGGAUACGGACGAUAGUGCUGAACCUGCUCGUGUUCGGCUACUCGCUAUUCCCAAAUUUAACGAGACUGGAGAGUUGAUUUUGGUUGAUACCGAGACUCUAGAGGUCGAGAUUGUCCGAUUUGGGAUUUUCAAGGGACAGGAAGAACAAAAAUGA